AUGAAGAAAAUUAUAUCUAUUAAUUUUUAUGUGGCUCUUAUAACAGUAUACGCAUUUUAUAAUAAUGCUUUAUGCCAAGUAGAAGCAAAUGAAAAAAAAACAUCCCUAAGAAAUGGAAAUGCUUUAAGCUGGUCUUCAUUGGACCAUAUAAAUUUCAGUGAUUCUGAGCAUAAGGAAAAUAAGUCCCAAGAAACGAAACAAUCUAAUGCUGAUGAAAAAAAAUCCAAUGGUAUUACCACGCCAAUUGACUUAUCAACAGUAGUAGAAAAUGGUAAAGAAAAUGGAGAUAGCAAUGGUCAGACGGGUGGCGCCCAACUUACUGAUAAUAAAAAAGAAGAUAUAGUUCCAACCGCUUCAAAAAAUAUAAAUGGAGAUACAGUGACUCAUAUACAAGAAAAUAAUACGAAUCCUUCUUCAAUAGUAGAAAGUGAAAAGGCAUUAACGAAGUUAGAAGAAGUUCAGCCUGAAAAAAAAAACAUAGAAAAAAAUAAAGAAUUAGAUGAAAACCGUUCUAAGGUAGCAGUAAAUACAGGGAAUUUGUCUAAUAUAAACAAUAGUGUAAAUACUGAACAAGUAAAUGGUAAAAACGUAUCUGGGGGAAAUAUAUCAGUUUCCCAUGAAGAAUUACCAAACGCAGGAGUGGAUUCUAAGAUCAAUAAAAAUGGAGAUUCUUCACUAAAUUUAAAAAUCGAAGGUAAUCCAAUAAAUGUAGAUAAAAAAACACAAGAUAAGGCAACAGAUGAGAAAAAAAACAUACCGAAUAAUGGUAAUAAUAAUGGAGAAAAACUUGUUCCAAGUGAACAAUUAGAAGGAAUAAAUGUACCAGAUAGCGCAAAGAACAAAGAAAGUGAAAAAGAGAAAAAUGAUACUGAUAAUAAAAACCCAAAUGAAAAAAACAAUUUGGGAUUAGAGCAUGAUAUAGCAAAGACUAUAUAUGAAUUUAUAAUGGUCGAACUUCCAAAAGAUAAUGUUUUUACAAAGAAUAUCGAGGAUACGGUUAAAAGUAUAAAUAAUGAUAAAAAUUUAGUAAAAAAUACGGAGAAAAAUGGUGAAAAUGAAAAAAAUAAAAUAAUACAAGAACAACCAAUAAAGAACCAAGGAGAAUUAAAUAAUAAAAAUGAACCUAAAACAGAAGGAAAGGAAACAACUACAUCUAAUAAUGUCAAUGCUAAUAAUACAUUUAGUAAAAUUGUUGAAAAUAUUAACGCGAUACAAAAUGAAGGUACAUUCUUGAAUAAUAUAAUAAAUUUAUUUGGUAAUCCAGGUUUUAUUUCAAAGGAUGUAACAAGUUUAGUAAAGGACGCAGUUUCUUUAAUUUCAACUUUUUGA